AUGCGUGGGCGUCCGCCAGCCGCUUCCGCACUGUCGAUGGCUGAGAAACUCAGUCUUUCGGAGGCGGCUAGAGCGGCCGUUGCCCGCGCAGUGGCGCCUGCACUUCGCGCCAGGCCCUCUUUGCCUGCGUCGGCGCGCCUCUCCACCUCUUCGGUUGGGUCGGCGAUCUCGAACCCCCUGAAGCGGCGAAGAGUGCGCGAGCAGGGCGAGGAGGACGACGACGCCUUGUCCUCCACUUUUUCUUCUGCCUUUCAGAGCCCGGUCGCGGAUCUGCAGGCUUCUGACGGCGCCGCCUCCCCGAGAGCCGGCGAGAAGACCAAGCUGCUGAGGCCAGCGCUCAGCGGCGUGCAGCGAGCGGGCGCCGGCGGCGCCGCCGGCACCGGCGAAGAUGACAUCGAAGUCUGCCUUUCUUCGGGUCAGGGCGCCAGCGACGAAGAGCGCAGCGGCGAGAAGGGACUGCGGGGGAAGAAGAGGCGGAAGAAACGCUUGUCGGUCACCAUGCGACCAGGGAGCCCGGAGCGGCUCUACUACGAAGUCGACGAGAGCGGCAUUGCAGCAGAAGAAAACGCCCCCAACAGUCAACCAUCCGCUGCGAUGGCGCCCGCCCUCGCCGGAAGAAGUGCCUCGAAAGCGCGCGGCGGAGGCGCCAGUCCGAGGUCGCAGGGGGGUCGCACCGCCGCCGGGGCGGGUCGGCUCGCCGCCGCGCCCUCAGACGGAGGCGCCGACAAGGACAAGCCUCGCCAGAGCAGCCGUACUCUGCUCCCCUCUCUUCAGAAUCUGUAUGUCCAGCUGUCAGACGAAGAGGAGGAAGAGUCGCCGUCGGUGAUCGCUCACGGCAGCGCCUCGCACAGCUUCCCCCUCUCAGGCGCGCGCCGCGCAGCGCGCGCUGCGGUCUGCGACGGAGAGGCGUCCCCACGCGUGCUUGCCGCUGCGCCGCGUACCGAGGCGAUCGGGACACGCGAACGCGGCGGCCGCGGAAUACCGCAGAAGUUGAAGGGCAGCGAGCGACAGGCAGGCGCCCGUCGGCUCAGAGAUUACGCGUCAGCCUCCGCCUCCGCGCACGAAGCCGUGCGAGCUGCUUUGCCUGCCUUCGAGUCGCCGACGCACGGAGGCUUCUCUCAGGCCUCAGUGCCCGCAGACGAAGACACGCACGCAAGCCAAACUUCCUGCCUCUCUUCUUUGCUGUCCUCGGUGAUCGCGGACGAGGCUCCAUUCACCUCUCCUGCGCCAGCGUGUGCGCUCUCUCCGUCGUUUCAAUGUACUUCACUCGCUGCGGCAGGCGCGGCGGUUCCAGUCUGUCCGCUGCGGCCUUCUGCGUCUUCGCCCUCGCUCGCUUCCUUCUCGUCGUCUCCUUUCGAUCCGCAUCUGUCGCUGGCGCGAGACAGCCCGUGGCGUGGGGUGCCCCUGCCUCUGCGGACUUCCGUCGCCGCGUGCGUGCGCUCCUUCGGGCGCGAGCGCGCGAAUCAGCUCUGGCGGCUAGUUUCGCUGCUAGGCGACUUCGUCCACUCCGUCUCGCCGAUCGAAGUCGUUGGCCUUCCGGGCACCGGCAAGUCGCACUUACUCCUCUCUUUCUUCGGCGCCUCCUCGCUCGCGUGGGGAUACGUCGACUGCGCAGCUGCGUGCGCCACGGCCGGCGGAAGCCGCCUCGCAGCUCGCCAGGCGAUCUGCGGGAAGCUGCUUCUUCAUCUGGCUCUCCAGCUUCGCGGCGAGCUCCUGGCGGGCCUCCAGACCAUCCGCGCCCUCCAGCGAAGAGCCGCGGGGGACGAUGCGCGGCGCGGCGCGACAGCCGCCGACGGAGGCCCGGCGCGAGGCACCGAAGAGCUGCCAGAGGCGGGUGGGGCGGCGGGCGACCGGAAGCGAGCCCAGCCCGGAUGUGCCUCAAGAAGCGCGAAAGCGUGCGAAGAAACGGUGCCACCGGCUGAAGACGCGUCUCCUUCCGCGCCGCCACCAGACCCUGCGCUGUCGCCUCUGGAUUCGGGUGCCUUGUUCGCCUUCUUCGCCGGCACGUCGUGCUUCGCCCCGCCCAACGCGUCGUCUGCGUCGCCGUUCGCGUCGGCGGCGGCGCUGCAGCUGCUGGAAGAGGACUUGAAGGAGAAGAGAACUCAGCUAGAUCGGCUACUGCGGCAAAUGCAGAGCGGCGGGAAGAAGACCGCCGACACUUUGGCGUUCUCGGGCACCCUUUUCUCGCCAGGGGCCUCCGCGAACUCGGUCGAGCAGUUCGUCUCGCUAUUGCGUCAGGUCCUACGCUGCUCCUCGCCUCUUGCGCGCACCUUCACCGUGCCUCUCGUCAUCGACGAGGCCUUCACCCUGGCUCAGAACAUGCCCGAUUUGCUGCACGCAUUCCUGCGCCUUCCCGAACUCCUCGGCGGCGAGCCGAGCCUCGGGCGACCGCAGAAGACCGCGGAGGCGCGCGCCACCGCCGCCUCUCGCAGUUUCCGCGAUGGUUUCUGUGCGGAGGACGACGAGUCGUCCUCAGACGAAGAGGAAGAAGAAGCGCUCCUCCUGCCGCCGCGAAACGUGUCCGUGGUGGUGGUAGGCCGCACGCCGCUGCGUCCGGAGGUCUACGAAGGCCUUCCACAGCCGCCGCGCGUGCACUUCGGCGCCUACGAAGCGAGCGAGGCGCGCGACAUCCUCGUUCGCAGCUUCCGCUGGUUGGGUCUUCCGGUGCUGCGCCUGGCUGCGACGCGACAGAGCAGACAGCAGCGGCGCGGGGCCUCUCGCGCGGGAUCAGAGGCCGUGGCAGACCGCGGGACCAAAGAGGCUCGAAAGUGGAGAUACGGGCCUCUCGAGUUGGUCGAGCAACGCACAGUCGUUGCCGUCGUGGAGGCUGAGCACGACGCGGAGGCUGAGGCAGCCGGCGCCGCCACAACGCCGCGGCGAGGAGGCGCCCGAGGGGAGACGGAAGACGGAGAGAGUGAAGUCAGCGGAGGGAGAGGAGGGCGCAGCAGCGAGCCGACGUAUGUGUGGGAGAGUCGUCUGGUGUUGCGACGAAUCCGAAGGAGGGUUCGGAAGAGGGAAGGCGCACCUGCGACUGCGAGAACGGCGUCCGCAGGCCAGCGGGACGGCCUGCCAGACUCCGCCGCGGAGGGAUGGCGCGAGGAGGAGAGAGAUCUUGAGGGGGAAGAGCCGGCAGUGUCAGUGCGCACAGACCCCUGUGGAGCGAAAGAGAAGGAGCCAGCGAGUGCGGAUUCGUGCCUCGAGGCAGGACCCGCAAAGCGGAAGAAAGAAGCUUCUUCCGCAACUCUGCUGAACGGCGAGGGGAUCCCGACGCGCGCGGCGUCGUGCAGUGGAGGCGAUGAGCUCACACACAACGGCCAGCACGAGACAGAGAGCAGCGUCGUCGCUGCCAGCCCGUCGGCGGCGACGGAGGCGCUCGAAGAGGAGACGGAUCUCCUCCUUGACGUGGAGACACUCUGGUCGCACUUUGUCACACUCUUCAUUCAGUCCUUUCACCAGUCUCUGCGCAGCGACUUCCACGACCAGCGCUUUCUCUGUCGGGAGUUCUGGGGACAGGCGAUCAACCUCGCGCUGCUGCAAAACCGGACUGACGCGGGCUCCUCCGCCCUCACUGCGGCGGCGACGACUGCAGCUCUGAAUGUGGCGGGGCGCGUGCCUGGCUCGCCGCCGCCUGCGUCGGGCGCGUUCGGGUCCUUCGCGGCGGUGAAGGCGGCGUCCGUCGCGGCUGCGUCGUUCCUGGUUCGCCUGCUGCAUCCGCACUUUCGCGCGGCGCUUCGGCAGCCGUUCUCGCACUUCUUGCCGGAUUUGCAAAACUGUCAAAUUCUCGACGCGAAACACGUCACAGUCUGGGGCGCGUCCGCCCAGAACCGCCACACGGCGGCGCGGCGCCUGGAGUUGCCUCGGCUGGGGAAAAUCCUUCUGGUGGCUGCGGCCAUCGCGGCCUACACACCGCCAGGGCGCGACAAGCGCCACUUCAACGACUGCUGCGGAAACAUCUUCCGCGUGGCGCGGCCGCGGAAUGCCGCCGCGCUCGUCCAGUCUCCCUUCAUCGCCGCCGCGGGCGCGGGCACCCACCUCGCGUCCGCGGCGGUCGGGACCACCGUCGUGGCGGCGGGGCUGGGGAAGGGGCGGGCGGGGCUGGCGGCCUCGGAGAAGCUCGAGCAGAACUUUCUGCCGCGAGCGCUGCCGAAAAGCUUCACGCUGCUCCGCUGGCUUGCGCUCGCCGAGUGCCUCGAAUUCAGCGUCCGAACGCCCGGUCGGGAGCGAGGCCGCGCGAGCGACGGCAUCGGGCUGAUGGACGCAGGCGUCUGCCAGCAAGUCGCCUCGCUUCUGCGGCUGGGGCUCGUGCGGCUGGCGGCGGGCGGCGCGCAGGAGGCGCGAGGCGCGAGCAACGGCGGGUAUGGCAGCCUUGGCGUUCUCAAGUCGACUGCGCAGAUCUGGGGUAGCGAGUGGACGAAUGCCCUCGGCUGGGUCUUCGCGCAGCAGCAGCUCCUCGCGGCGCAGACGCGCGGCUACGCAGCCGACCUCUUUCUGCUCGGGGCGAGCUCCGGCGGAGGCGGCAGCGCCGGCGCGCACCUGACUGACCUCUUCAACGCGAACGCGCGACUCGCACUCAGCGCGCCCAUCGGUCUCGUCAAACACAUCGCCGACCGAAUCGGAGUCAACCUCGCAGAGGCGCUCCUGGGUUGA